AUGCAGUCGGCCCUCGUUUCCAUCCUCGCAAUUGCUAAUGCAGCCACGGCACAGGCCGCCUACUCGUUCGACCCUCUGCAGCAUCUUGCCGGCAUUGCCCCGUACUUCGAGGAUCCGCGUCUCGACCCCAAGCCGCCACAGGGCUGCAACGUAACGCGCGCGUCGUACCUCAUUCGCCAUGCCGCCAUCUACGCCAACGACUUUGACUACGAGGAGUACAUCGAGCCCUUCACCGACAAGCUGAAGAACACGACGGCCGACUGGCGAAGCGCGGGACCCCUGUCGUUCCUGUCCAAAUGGCAGACACCCAUUAGCGACGAGGAGCUAGAGGAUCUCACCUCGGUCGGAAGGCUGCAAUCAUACAAGCUGGGUGUCGAUGUCCGUCUGCGUUACCCUACGUUCAAGGACCCUGAGCGCGUAUGGACAUCAACGGCCGAGAGGACCGAGCUCAGUGCAUCUUCCUUCAUCGACGGCCUUGUGGCUGAGAGCAACGGCACCGAGCGCGUUUCCGUCCGCGAGGAUGCUGCUCGGGGUGCAGACUCCCUGACGCCAUACAAGGGUUGCCCCAAGUACAGCUCCUCAUACGGUAGCGAGCAGUCAUCUGAAUAUCAAGAAACGUACACCAAGCCCAUCGUCGAACGUUUGAAUGCGUACGCCCCUGCCUUCAACUUCACCAAGUCGGACAUCGUAGGCAUGCAGCAGCUGUGCGGAUACGAGACAGUCAUUCGUGGCUCUUCCCCCUUCUGUUCGCUCGACCUCUUCUCCCAGGACGAGUGGCUCUCCUUCGAGUACAUGAACGAUAUCAUGUACUUCUACAACACCGGCUAUGGAAGCCCCGAGCUGUCGGGUGCUCUUGGUCUUCCCUGGCUUAACGCUACUGCCGUCGAGUUGCUCGCGGACGAGGCCGACCAGGAUCUCUACGUCUCCUUCACUCACCGCGAGUUGCCUCCUACCGUCGUAGUUGCUAUGGGUCUGUUCAACAACUCCGCUAAUACCGGAGUAAACAACCCAAACAUCACAAUGCCCCUCGACAGGCCCAACCAUGCGAGAGCGUGGAGAUCAUCGAGGAUCCUACCCUUCUUGUCCAACAUUGCUGUUGAGAAGAUGUCAUGCGACAGUUACGGAUUCGCCGCUGACGAGUACAUCCGCGUCCUCGUCAACAAAGACCCGCAGCCGCUGGCUUGUGCUGAUGGCCCUGGAGAGAGUUGCUCCAAGAGCGCGUUCCAGGAUUUCGUUCAAGAGAGGGCCGACAUGUUUGGCGGAUUUACUGAGGAAUGUCAGCCCGAGUACUCCAACUCUACCGAUGUUCUCACUAUAUUUAAUUAA